AAAAAUAGGAGAAAAAAAAGGAGGAAAAAUCAAUGUGAUUAUUAUUAUCUUUAUGAACAAGUAGAAUCUGAAUCUUCAGGCAAUAAAAUUCCAGCAAAAAAAUGGGAAGUCAUGUUGCUGUAUUAGCCUUCCCAUUUGCAUCACACCCAUCCGUACUACUCCAUCUUGUGGAGAAAUUAGCACCAGCUUCACCCAAUGUGAAAUUUUCAUUCUUCAGCACCAAUGUAUCCAAUCAGAAACUCUGUUCUAGGUUCAAGUUAUUACAAGGACAUAACAACUUCAAAUCAUACGACGUAGACGAUGGAACUCCAGAGGGUUGUGUUUUUACCGGUAAUCCCUUGGAACCCAUUGGUUUUUUCCUUGAUGCGACGCCGGAUAAUUUCAAGAAACGCAUCGCUGAGGUUGAAGAGGAGACCGGAUUGAAGAUAAGCUGCCUUUUGGUGGAUGCUUUUUUGGGAUUUUCAGCUGAUUUUGCUCAUGAAUUGGGUAUCCCUUGGUUGGCAUUUUGGACUGCCGGACCUCGCUCGCUGUCGGUGCAUAUUUAUACCGAUGAGAUCAACAGAGCUUUGGCCUCAGCUGGAGGUGAAGGAGGACAAAGUGAUCAAGACAUGGCCCUUGAUUUUCUUCCAGGAAUGGAGGCAAUCCAUGUUAGUGAUUUGCCUUAUGAGCUUUUAGAAGGACAUUUGGACAAACCAUUCCCUAAAAUGCUGUACAACAUGAUCCAAGCGAUUCCUCGAGCUACGGCAGUUGUUAUCAAUUCUUUCGAAGGAAUGGACACGACCGUAGUAAAUGACCUGAGAUCCAAGUUGGAAAAGGUUCUCACAAUUGGUCCUCUGGUUUUACCUUCCCAAAAAUUAGAAGAUGAACUUGGAUGCUUGUCGUGGUUAGAUAGCCGCGAAACUGCGUCCGUCGCGUACAUCAGCUUUGGCACCUUCCUAAGACCUCCACCUGAUGAGCUAUUAGCACUAGCAGAAGCAAUAGAAGAGAAGCAAAUUCCAUAUCUUUGGUCAUUUAGGAAUGACCCUAAAAAUCCCUUGUUAGAUGGCUUUCUUGAAAGGACUAAUGGCAUUGGGAAAGUUGUUCCAUGGACUCCUCAAUUGAAUGUUUUGGCACAUUCUUCAAUUGGGGUGUUUGUGACUCAUUGUGGUUGGAGCUCAGUGAUGGAGGGUGUAGCCUGUGGGGUGCCCAUGAUUUGUAGGCCUUUCUUUGGGGACCAAAAGUUGAAUAGGAGAGUGAUUGAAGAUGUAUGGCAAAUUGGUGUGGGAAUUGAAGGCGGUGUGUUCACAAAAAAGGGGAUGGUGAAUGCUUUAGAUUUGGUUUAUUCAAGUGAAAAUGGGAGCAAUAAGAUGAGGUGCAAACUCAAUGAGCUCAAAGAAAAUGCCAUGAAAGCUGUUGAUGAGAAUGGGAGCUCAAGUGAAAAUUUCAAGACGCUUUUAGAUAUAGUAACAAGUAGGGAUGUUUCAUAAUUCAGCAUUAGGUUGAAGUUGUUAUUAGAAAUUAAGAAAUGCUAGAAUGAACUUGAUAAUGUUAUAUGAUAUGAAAGAUUAAUGAUUUCUAACUUGUAACUUUUUAGGCACAUUACCAUAGUGUAGAAAGAAG